CUCUUUAAGGGCAAAUUAGUGUCCGCCUUUCCUAACAGCCUCCACCUUUCCAGGUGCGUCUCCUUGCGUUGACGUAAGCGCGGUCGUCGCGCAGCUUCCGGCUGUCAGGUGAGGCGGAAGAGAAAAGAGGAGACACCCCGUUAGCCCACCUGUCGGCAGGUGAAGCAGCACAGAGGAAGAGAGAAAAUGAAUCCCAUCCCCACCAACCUGACGUCCGAGGCCAAGAAAGCUGCCAAGAUCCUGAGGGAGUUUACUCAGAUCUCCAACAGGGCUGGACCGGACAAGCUCAUCCCUGCUCAUAUUAUAGCCAAGGCCGAAGGUCUGGCCAUCCUCUCCGUCAUCAAGGGAGGCUUCAUGAUCACCGCCAGGGGAGGCAGCGGCGUCGUCAUCGCCAGGCUCGCCGACAGACGUUGGUCGGCGCCUUCGGCCAUCGGCAUCGCCGGCCUCGGCGGAGGCUUUGAGAUCGGCGUGGAGGUGUCGGACCUGGUGAUCAUCCUGAACCAGCGGAGAGCCAUCGAGGCGUUCACCAAAGGCGGCAACCUGACGCUGGGCGGGAACUGCACCGUCGCCGUGGGACCUAUGGGCAGGAACCUGGAGGCGGACGUUGCCCUGCGCAGCACUGCAGCCGUCUUCACCUACUGCAGGUCCAGGGGUCUGUUUGCAGGGAUUUCUCUGGAGGGGUCCUACCUGAUCGAGCGCAAGGACACCAACCGCAAGUUCUACGGCCAAGAGAUUCGGGCUUCGUGCAUUUUGAACGGUGAUGUUGAGCCUCCGGGAGAGUUCCACAACCUCUACAGCAUCCUGGACGUGUACACUGAGGCCUACACCACCGACUGGACCAACAAGAACAUGCGAGCUAGGUCCGGUCCUCCGUCCAGGCCUCCGGCUCCAUCCCAGAAGAACAGCCAAAGCAGCUACCGGCAGCCAGAGGCCGACAGCGCAGGGAAGAAAAACCGGCUCUACCCAAGCGUCUCCGUCUACAGGUCCGACACAUCAGCUCAGUUUGCCUCCUCUGACCCUCCCGGCUAUGGUCAGCUGGAAUCCAUUGACCCUCCGAGUUACGAUGCAGGGGCGUCCUCAGCUCCACUGCGAGGGGCCACUGGCUCUCUGGUCGUCACGGCGACCCACCCGUUCACCGGGCAGCAGCCCGGCGACCUGAGCUUCGUCCCCGGCGACCGCAUCACAGUCAUCACCAAGACUGAUUCCCAGUACGACUGGUGGGAAGGAAAACUAGACGACGGGCGCGUCGGGAUAUUUCCUGCUAACUUCGUGACGUACUGACGUCGCCCCCUGGUGGUUGAGAACUGGAGAACCAAAACUACAGGUUCUGAAGCGUCAUUAAGAGCUUUAAUUAACUUUUAUGAUGAGGAUUUUUAUAGAAAUAAGCAAAUUAAAACGUUUUUUUUAUCCGUGCAUGACUAAAAGGGGAUCAGUAUUUGGGGAGAUAUAACUCAUAAAACACAAAGUUUUGAAAUAAUUAGUGGCGCUUUUCUGGGUUAGUUGUUUAAAAUGUGAACAUUGGAGCUGAUCUAACUACUACGAAAUAUUAAACUUUUUACACUAUUCAAGUCUGAGUUAUAGCAGCAGGUUUUACUUUAAAUGCUAAUGAUAACAUUGAAAUUUAAGAAGGGGGUAUUAUGAUGUUGUUUUGUUUUUUUCAUGUUAGCUGAAACCGGUUAACGGGUUUUCGUCACUUUUGCACCUUUUUUUUAUUUUUACAAGUUUUCUAACUUAAGCCAAGUAUUUCAUCAGGAGUUAUUUGCAUUUAAAAUAAACCUAACAGGGCUGUUUUAUUUUUUUUAUAUAUACCUGCCUUCACUCACUGUGGUGAAUAUUUGUAGAAUUAGAGUUGAAUGGCACCCUUCCCCAUGCCUUGUUUUAUGGUCUGUUACAGUUUGUGAAGUUAAUGUAGCAGUUAUGAGGACAGCUACCAUCUUAUACGCACACAAAACAUUUAUGUGGUGUUGGUUUCGGGCUUGGAGAGUUGUGAAUAAAUACUUUUUAAACUAA